GAGUUCGUGAUGCAGCAAGCUUGCUGGAGUUGAAUAUAAGGGGACUCUACCCAACACUUCCUCGUCUCUGAAGUACCGCACGCACCAGCCUUUCCCCAUCUCGUAUCUGCCAUCAUCGCACGCAUUCCUUCUCAAUCAACCACCCACCGUUGGGAAUAAUUGAAUCCCCAACAAUGCAACGCUUCAUCUUACUCGUAACCGCUCUCGCGGCUGUAUUCCCCGCGAGCCUGGCAUGGAGCUUCCCAUCCAGCGUUCCCUUGAUCAGAAGGGAAGACAUCUCGCCCGGCAGUCCCCUCUACGAAUGCCACGCCGACUGCGGCGGAGUCAUCCUCAUGUCCCAGGACGACACCAACGCCACCUACUGCUCCAACGCGACCUACAAGACCGAGCUCAGCGGCUGCCUGGAGUGCGCCCUGACCUACAACAUCUGGCAGUACUACGGCGACGACGUCAAGUCCGCGGCCGAAGCGUGCGGCGAUAGCGCCACGCCCAGCGCCUCGUCGGCGACGGCGAGCGCCACGGCGGGUGCGAACUCGACGGCUACCAACUCCGGGGCGAGAGCCACCGGCUCGUCUUCCUCGUACGCGUCCUCGUCCUCGUCCUCGUCCAGUGGCUCCGCGGCUGCUGCGUCGGCCACUUCGAUGUCUGGUGGAGCGGGCGCGUCGAUGAGCGUGGGCGGAAUGCUUGUUGCUGCUGCUGCUGUGGUUGGAGGGCUUGUUAUGGCUUGA